UUCUCAGGUGAGGCCCCCUCCUGGGUGCGUGCCGUGACCACGCCUCAUCCCCCGCCAAAGUGACUUUGGCACAGGUCACGUGACCGCCGGGCUUCAUAUCUGAUUGAAAGGCUUGCAGUUUCAAAGCGGGUUUGAGAAGCCGUUUAAAAACCGGGCGCAGGUUGGACCGAGGACGGUUCUGUGGAUGUCCUCUCAAGGACGGACUGGUUUGGAGUUUUUGCUGAAACAAAGUGGCUUAUUUUCUUUCCUGGAAGAUCGCCACAACGGACGUCCAUGUCUCCUGCUCUCGCCAGGUCGGCUCCCAGUGAGCUCAACCACUGGUGGACCCAGCUGAAGUUCCGCCUGCAGAACAAGAAAGGAUGGAACGAGAUGUUGGAUGAGACCUUCCUGCUGCAGACCAAGUGCACCGACGACAUCCCACUGUUGUACGCGGCCAAGAGGAACAGUGUCAGCAGCAUCCAGAAGCUCCUCACCUGUUCCUCCACAAACAUCUUCGAGAGAGGGGCUCUCGGUGAGACGGCGCUCCACGUCGCCGCCAUGAGCGACAAUCUGGAUGCCGCAGUGGCCCUGAUGGACGGAGCCCCCGACCUCGUCAACGAGCCCAUGACCUCGGACCUCUUCCACGGUAUGACUCCUCUCCACGUGGCCGUGGUCAAUCAGAACCUGGAUUUGGUUUAUCAGCUCAUCAGUCGUGGAGCAGACGUGGCGACACCCAGAGUCACCGGAUUGUACUUCAGGAAGAGGAUAGGAGGACUUAUUUACUGUGGCGAGCACAUCCUGGCAUUCGCUGCCUGCACCGGCAACGAGGACAUCAUCUCCAUGAUCAUCGAUGCAGGGGCGAGCACCAGGAUCCAGGAUUAUCGGGGUAACACGGUCCUUCAUAUUUUGGUCCUGCAGCCCAACAAAACCAUCGCGUGCCAGGCCAUGGACUUGAUCAUGGCCCGUGAUGCCGAGCUGGACCAGCCGGUGCCUCUGGACAUGGUGGACAACUUCAGAGGGAUCACGCCCUUCAAGCUGGCCGCCAAAGAGGGCAACCUGGUGGCUUUUCAGCACCUGGUGAACAAAAGGCGUUUGGUCCAGUGGAGUCUGGGACCUUUGACCUCUCACCUCUACGACCUCACCGAGAUUGACUCGUGGGCCGACAACGUGUCGGUGCUGGAGCUGAUCGUGGGGAGCCCGCAGAAAGAGGCCAGGGGGAUACUGGAGGUGACCCCGGUGAGGCAGCUGGUCAGCCUCAAGUGGAACCUCUACGGCAAGCACUACUUCAGGCUGCUGAUGGUGUUCUACCUGCUCUACAUCGGGACCUUCACCCUCUGCUGCACGUAUCGCCCCCUGAAGGACGCUCCGGAGAACUACUCAAUUUCCGAGAUGGACAAAACCAUCCGGGUCCAGAAGAAGCUCCAUGAGAGUUACGUGAGCAAGGAGGACAGCCUGCGCCUGGUAGGUGAGGUCAUCAGCCUGCUGGGAGCCUUGGCCAUCCUCUUGCUGGAGAUCCCUGACAUCCUGAGAGUGGGCGCCAAGCGUUACUUUGGUCAGACAGCACUGGGCGGUCCCUUCCAUGUCACCCUCGUGAGCUACGCGUGCUUGGUGGUGCUGCUGUGUGUGUUCAGAGCGUGCGGCGUGCAGGGCGAGGCCGAGGUCAUGGCCUUGUGUUUGGUGCUGGGCUGGAGCAACGUCAUGUUCUUCGCCCGCGGCUUUGAGAUGCUGGGCCCGUACGUCAUCAUGAUACAGAAGAUUAUAUUCGGAGACCUGACCAAGUUCAUGUGGCUGAGCUUCAUAGUCCUCCUGGGCUUUUCCACCUCCCUGUGGAUGGUGUACAUGACCCAGGAUCCGGAAUCCCUCCCGGCAUACCGCUCCUUCCCCGUCACGCUCUUCUCCCAGUUCGAACUCAGCGUGGGCCUCAUCGACCUGCCGGUGGACCACUCCUUCGCCACGCCCCCCAUCGUCCACGUGCUCCACUGCGCCUUCUCCGUGGUGUCCUACAUCCUCCUGCUCAACCUGCUCAUCGCCAUGAUGAGCGACACCCACUGGCGGGUGGCCCAGGAGAGGGACGAGCUGUGGCGGACUCAGGUGGUGGCGACGACGCUGAUGCUGGAGAGGAGACUGCCCCGCUGCCUUUGGCCCCGACUCGGAGUGUGCGGGCUCAGCUACGGUCUCAAAGAGCGCUGGUACCUCCGGGUGGAGGACAGGAACGACCCCAUGAUGCAGAAGAUGCGGCGAUACAUCAAAGUGUUUUCCCGGGACGAGGAAAAGGACCAGGAAGAGGCGCAGAAACCCGACCCCAAGCCAAAGGUCAGACCCCAGAACAGGCGAUGCCUGUCGGGCUGGCAGAUGAUUCGUCAGAGCACUUUGGGUUUGAAAAAGCAGCUGGAGGAGGGCGAGCUGGAGGUCUUCUAAAAUAAUUUCCAUAGUUUUGGCAGUUGGUCUUGCAAUAUUACGCCAUAGAAGAGUGAAGAUUUGUAUUUUUAUAGCAAUACAACAUAUAAUCAUGUAGCAGAUGUUCAUGUAAGAUAAGCAGGAAUGAAAUGAAAGGUACUGCAAAAUAUAUAUAUAUAUAUAUAUAUACAUAUAUAUAUAUAUAUAUAUAUAUAUAUAUAUAUAUAUAUAAAUAUAUUUAUAUAUAUUAGGGCUGGGCAACGAUUAAAUAUUUUAAUCGAAGUUAAUCGCACUAUUUCUCUGAUUAAUCACAAAUAACUGCAUUGUAUACGCAAAGCCCAAUAAUGAAUUCAAAAGUAGUGUGUAGUGCACCUUUAUUGGAAUAUUCUCCCAAAUGAACAAAAGCGCCAAAACAUUUGUUGUGCAAACACAAUUUAAAUCAGUCCUUGUUAAACAGUAGCAGUUAAAUAGCAUAUUUUAUGAAAAUCAACUCAAAAAAUGUAAAUACGAACAUUAUUGCCACUGCCAGAGUAUUUAAGUCAUCCUGUUUGUUAUGGAAAAUAAAUAUAAUCUACAUACAAAUCUGUGAGCCACAAUCAUAACAUCUGAACAGGCAAUUUCUGAGGUAACAGCAGAAACAUUUUUUUUAUCAGGGAUCUUAUGUUUAAAAAACCUAUAUUAUAGGUAGUGGGCUGUUUUAGGGAAUUUUUGAUCAAAUUAUCCGUAGUAGCAAUAUUAAUAAUGUUGUGUUUAUUCUGCGUAGUACACUAAAAAUAAUGACCAUAUCUGAUGGGAAUUUUUCGAUUGUUUGCUUGGUGCUUUGAUAAACUGAACGCAUAUACAUGGUACUAUAUUGUGAUGUUGUGAGCCAGGGAAUAAAAUAACUACCCUACCCAGCAUGCAACAGGAGUGACGAGCAUGCGCGGUAGCUUGGUAUAGGUUGUGUCGCCAUGACGGCAUCUUGUAUGUUGUGAUAUGCACGCUCUGAAAGUAAACGUUAGGAACUCAACCAACACUCCUCGUCUGCAUUAUUCAUAAAUAGACAGACAACACAUAUACUCCGCUUUUUCACAGGCCGCUGGAUGUAGCCGGCAAAGUAUUCCCCUGCUAGCUAGCCGGUCUAGCAAGCACGCGUCAUUCAGUCGAAAACGGCCAGAUCUAUCCACAUUCAGAAUUGUCUGUAAGUGAUCCCGGAGUGACCACGCUGUAAGCCAGCCAUGAAAUUUGCAGAAUUGUCAGGUAUUUUUGCCUAAUGUUCCAUCUUUACCAAGAGCCCCUCGACGCCGGGCGACGCCAUCUUGUUAAGAAAAGGCGUUAACAAAAUAAAAGCAUGUAAACAACAUACGCAAAUGUGCGAUAAAAUAAUUGUCGGCGUUAAUAGAUUGAUGAGUUAACUUAUAAUUAACGCAUUAAUUUGCCCACCCCUAAUAUAUAUAUAUAUAUAUAUAUAUAUAUAUAUAUAUAUAUAUAUAUAUAUAUAUAUAUAUAUAUAUAUAUAUAUGUAUAUAUAUAUAUAUAUUUAGCUUUUUAAUUAGUGUUAAUAAAGUAAAUUGAAUAAAGUUGCAUUCAUACAUAUAUAUUUUUGUAGUCCAAAUUUCCGAUUGUGUGCUAUAUAUGUUUAUAAGUCCUGUUUGUAUUCAUAAUUUUUUCUCUCCCACUCACAAUUGUCUUUAUAAUUGUGUCUUAAACUUGAUUUAAAUAUUGUCAACUUAAAUUGUUCUUACAUCACACACUCAAUAAAAAUCUACAAAAUCAAAUACAGUGGUACCUUAACUUACAGGCUGUUUUUGUUCUAGGACUUAGCUUAUAAACCCUUGUUUCAUGUAUUCAUGAAAAUUCUAAAUCGUAGUCUCAGUGCUUGUUGGUCUAGGUGAAUGUUUCUUGCUUGUAUAACAACCGUCCCUGUCUUCAAUUCCCUGACAAUCCCUUAUGUUUAUAAAUCCUUUUUUUCAAUCAUAAGUUUGUUUUGUGCUUUUAGACUUAAUUUUGAACAUGUUUUCAGACAUCACACACUAAAGGAAUCAAUAAAAAUCAAUCAAAUCAAAUGGUACCUAAAUUUAUGGCCAGAGUUUGUCGUAGGACUGAGCUGGUAACCCUAAGUUCAUCUAUGUAUGAACAUGUCAGUGAAUGUAAAUAUGUGUAAAAAGUGCAAUAAAAUAAACAAGUUUCAGAUUCUG